AUGGAUAUCAGUAUUCGCAAGUUACUCACAACUGCCCAAAAAUUAUCAGGUCCAGAUAAUCCACCAUUGAGUGAAGCAUUUGAAGUCCUCAGAAAUGUUGCAGAAAACAAACCAUCUGUGGAUGCACCAGAAGCCUUUGGGCAGGAUCUGUACGUUAUCUGUGCAGAAAUCUCCUUCCAGAAUGGUCUUUAUGACAUGGCGAGGGACUGUCUCAAAAUGUUCUUCAUGAAACCACCACCUGCAAACCAGUUUUUGUGCAGAGCAUAUCUAUGUCAGGCUCAGCUUUUAGCCCCACAGAAAGCAAAUAACCCAGAACAACUGGAAAAAGCAGUAGUUUAUUUAUUGAAAGCUAUCUCAUUUGCAAAGAAGAAUGUGAGGUAUCACUUUCUGGUCUACAAUGCAUCCGUGAUCUACUGGCAAUUUUGUCGUCCAUUCCUCAAGCCUAACUACAAACAGUUCUUGGCGCGUGGUCUUCACCAGGUGGUUAGGGCACUUGACGACAUUGAUGACAAAGACUUUGAAUGGCGUGCUCAGCUGAUGAUAGCUUUGAUUGAGUGUCAUUUAGAUGCUGGGAAGAGGAAUGAUGCUGCUAGUAUAGCCAAUCCAGCUGUUACCUUCAUCAAGACUAACGUACCUCAUCUGUACAAAAAGGUGUUUGGGAUCAUUGUAAGAAACCAGUUGCUAGAGUCUGCCAAACUGCACAAAGAUGUCAAGAACUCUGCAGAAUUAGCAGUGUACUACAAGAUUUUGAAACUCAAAGUAUCUGUUGACUUGAAUGAACAACGAGAGUACUACAGUGAGGUACAGCGUAUCCUUAACCAAAUGGGUGUUACUCAAGGUGGGGCUGAUGACACCAAUGCCCAAAAGACAGAGAAGGGGCGUGGCAAGAAAGGGGGGAGAACUGCAGCUAGUCCCACUCCUGGGAGUCGACUGGAAGAUGAUAGAGAGAGUCCCCAGUCUCAACAUUCUGAAGUGUCUCAGAGUGUUUUCUUGGACUCUGAGUUACGAAGUCCUUCCAAGGCGGGGAGGCGAACCCCAACUCCAACAAGUACAAAGAAAUUGGCAGCAGACAGUCCAGACAAGCCAUUUUUGCUGCUGGAACUUGGCCGUUUUUGUCUGGACCUAGAUUUCGCAGAUCUCGCUCAGGACUGUGUGAACCACAUGAAGUCAUGCGUUGUCAAGGAGGCUGGCUUCUACUUGGAGCUCGAGUUAUUAGAAUGUGACUUAAUGCUACAUUCUCUGGGUGACAAACAAGAAUCUUAUCAAAAGUCUGUCAUAGAUCUGAGGUUACAGGCUAUCAAGCGUUGUGAGGAGACAAUCAUGAAUGCCAUUCGUCAUGGCGAUCCAAAUGUAAUUCAGGCUGCAUGUGUGACCCAGUGGAACUUAUGUCUUCCACUUCUUCAACUCAACUUGCGGAACCAUGCACGCAAACCCCUCACUUUGGUAGCAGAAGCCUUGGAGGAUAUAGAGAGUUUACUGAUCAGCCUGAGGUGUCAGGUACACACAGAAUUAGCCAAGUGUGAGGAAGAUCAAGAACAAAUACAAGUGGCCAUGGACAACCUCAAAAAGGCUCUAGCUCUAGAUGAUGGGAAUGUAUACCGUGAGAGACUGGAGGUAUCUCUACGUAGACUAGAGCUGAGAUCACAGCUGUACCAACAGCCAGAAAGGCCAGAAGAUAUAGCGGCCAUGAUCAUCGAGCAGGCCAGAAAGGCUGACUCAGGAACUAUUCGCAUGAAGCGGUCACUUUUGGUUAAAGCUGGAGAGGCACUUGCCCCAGACGCCUUCCUCUUAGUGCUGGACAGUGAAAGUGACACCAAAGAGAACAAGGACCAUGAGUUUACAGAUGUGACAGGUGGGAAAGCUCCACUCACACAGAUAAAGAAGCUAUCAAACAAGGCACGCCAGUUUAACAAGUGUGUUAAAAAAGCUGCAGGCCACCUAAAGCGACUGGGUGAUGAAAAUGACAGAGAAAGGGCACGGCUUUGGGGUGACCUUGCUAAAACUGCCCGUAAACAGCAAGUCUGGGACGUAUGUCGUGUAGCUGCCAGAUUUUGUCUAUUGUAUGAUGACGGACGUUGGAAAAAUGUCCUACCGGAAAAGAAAAUGGAAAGCCCAAAGCCUGAAAAACGGCGUGAUGGUGGAGCCAGCAGCAGUAUGGGGGCAGCUGGAGAAUCAUCUAUGCGAAUGGUCCAGGAGUCAUCUAUGAAGAUGGGCCAGGAAUCAGCAACUGGUGGCCCCAAAGAGUCAGUAAUGUCCACACUAGCAGAGGGAGCCACCUCUUAUGAAGGAAUGGAGAAAAAGGGACGUAACCUCAGUCGUCCAACUAGUCCUGAGAGAUUUGUCCCACUAUAUGACAAGGACCUCAUCAGGAUGUUAGCAGAAGUCUCGUUUGUUCAAGGGGAGGCCAUUGUUCACUUGUUGCGGUCUGAAGGAGUUGAACUAAAUGAUAUGCCAAUUCCUCCCGUGGACAAGAGUAAGCGCCCUAAAGGAUAUGUAGCUAAAAAACCGGAGGAGGACCCAGACUGGAUAGAGUACUGUGACUGGAUCAAAUUGCUGACAGAGGAUGGUACUCAGAGUUUCCUGCGAGGACUAGAACUAGGUGUGGAGCUGAUAGAGCCCUGGCUAGUGUGUAGUGCUGGAGCAUACAUCUGGAACUACAACAACCAUCUCCUCACACAGCUUCGACAUCGGGAAAUCAUGGAUACACUUUCCACUGUUGUGACUGGUCUGCGAAAGAUAGGACAUGCAGGGGAGACAGUGAUGUUAGUGAAUAUUUGUACAGCACUGGCAUAUGCCUACAUGAAGCCCUGGAUUCCAGCUGAGCCAAGCAAAGACGGUGCAUCUGCACCAACUCCUGUACCAUCUCCUGAGGUGGGUAAGAAGGGCAAGCCUGCUGCUGCUGGUGCUGCAAAGAGUAAACCAGUCCUAACUGUCAGCAUUAAUCCCGAGGCCGCUCCAGACCUAAAGAAGGCUAUAGAGGUUUGUGAGUAUGCCAUAGAUGUGACCAAUGGCAGUGUUCCACUCCAUGUUGUUCCCAUCGCAGCUCGUGUCCCACUCCUACAGACUUGGGUGCUGGCCAAACAGAUGGCUCAAGUGCAGAUCCCAAAAACCUUAGGGGCUGAUGAUGAGCCAUACACAGAAGGUCAGAGACAGAUGACAAGGGCCAUAGUUGCCAUGGAGAUGCUGACUGUUAACCGGAAUGGAAUUAUGGAGUUCAAGGACACACCAACCAUUGCAGAGGUAGCUAACUGGCUAGAUGAGUGCACAUGGUCAGACAAGUUUAUGGAGCUACAGAUGUGGACAAGACUGACCUCUCUGGCUUACGCUCAGAAACUUCAUGCCAUUGUUGUCCGCUGUAGUAAACAAGCUAUACGCUUUGCUACAGUUGGUACUCAGCCAAAGAACAGGAAGAUGGAGGCCCACAGGUAUAUGGUGGAGCAGGAGAUGCUAAGCUAUGCUAGUGGUCUUCUUGGCCAAAGUCUUGUGGACAACAUGGCUGGUAAGAAUGCUAUCAGACGAGAGGCCAUGGAAGCUUUCCUCAACAGUGCCAGAUUUGCCAGGAAUGCUGACAACUAUGAGAUGGUGAUGACUGCAGCCAGACAUUACUGGAACGCAUGCAUGCCUCUUGUCAGUCAGCCAAUUGAAAGAGAACUCCUACGAGAGCCAAUCAAAGCCAUUCUCUUCUGCAUUACCACUACAGCUGAAUCUGUUCGAAAGGCAGAGGAGAAACAGGAAGACAAGGAAAAUGAGGAGGAAGAUGGAGGUACUGGAGCAGAAGUGGCUGUGGAUGAUAAGCCACAGAGCUCCACCAUUGGGAGUCCCGAGGAUGACCUGACCCUCAGAGCAUCGUUGUAUGGAGUUCUUUUCCAGUCCUAUGCUGACAAGAAACAAUGGGAGGAAGGUUUGGCUGCUAUGGACCAGGCUAUCACUGAUAUGCCGAGGACCAAACACAGACUACUGAUCUUUAAGCAUCGUGUGAUGACUAAGGCUAAGUUGGGUAGAAGCGUCAAUAUGGAUAUCCAGAAAUUUAAGGACGAGAGUGAGGACUAUGUGGCUCACAUGUGGAGGAGAGUAGCUCUCAGUUCUAAAGAAAUUCUGGAGCAGCUCAUAUCUUACCAAGCGGCUGUUGAGGCUCUCAAUAGUGCCAGUAAUGAAUGGCAGAAAGUGGACCUGCUAUUAGAGUUUGGUCAGUGGCUGUACUACAACGAGUUUCCUCUCCAGGAUGCAGUGGAUCAGAUAGAAUGGGCUGUUGAUAUCAUCCUUAACAUGAGGACUGACACAGAGAUACACAAGGAACGAGCUGCUGUCCAGAGGAAACUUUCACUGAUAGACUCCAACAAAAAAAUGACUGGGAAAGCGGCUUCUGUGGCCAAGAAAGCAGAGAAGAAGGGGAAAGGAAAGAGUUCAGCGAAGGGCAAGGCCACACCAGCACCUCCCUCAAAAUUAGUUCCUGUCGCUGACACUCCAAGGAAAAGUCCUGAACCCAAGAAAGCAGCAAAGUCCAUGGACAGUCGCAGUGAGACCAGCAGUGUGUCAGAUGAUAUCAAUCCUGAUGGAUACAUACCUGUAGCUAAGCAAGCUAUCAUAGGUGUGCUGCCCAACAACCCAGGACUGAAGUUCCAGGACCUUGAAGAUGUGAAACAGAUAGAUGGACUGCUGAGAGCAUACAUUCUCCUUGCCGAGAUAGCUGGUCGCUCCUCAGUAGAGUACCAGGACUUCUUACUAAUGUGCCACUCCUUUAUCAUGCGGCUCUGGCAGGUGUCAGUGCCAGUGACUGGACCAAUCAUUAAGGAGAUGGCGAAGGCUGCAGCUGCUGCAGGGACUGAUGCCAAGUCUGAUGCUGCAUCAGCUAAAAACAAAAAGAAGGAAAAAGAUGCCCCAGCUGCCCCUGUAAAGGAGAAACCCAAACGUAAGGGACCCAUUGAUGCACUGCCCAGCAAUACAGAGGAGUGGGCUGUGUACGAUGCUCCAGAUGAGGUGGUGGAAGCAUUCAGCAGUGAGCAGAUGAAGGUUAAUGGUAUUAACUCUAGUACCAUUGUUAAACCGAUGUUGACCCUGCAUUACCUGGACACACUGAUUCGAAUGCUGAGAGAAGUAGGCUACAACCACCUCACUUUACCAGUGUUUGCCCUGGAGGAUGUCAUGUCACGUAACCUCCUCAAGAACAACGCACUCAACACUCUCAUCCACUCAAGAGCUGCUGAGGUCUGUUUGGAGUUAAAUUUGAAGAAUGGUAUUAUGUUCCAUGAGAGGUUGGCUGGACCACUCACUAUCAGUGAGGAUGACCAGUCUCUAUGCCGUGAUGAGAUUGCCAUAUGGAAGGAGAGACAGAUCCAAGUGGCAAAGGAGGAGAUGCGAGUGAAGGAGUCGCUGGCAAAUCUGGCAGCAGAGAGUACACAAAGUCAGACGAGGAAGUCAGUCACAUCACAUCUGGGACAAUCCUCCAUAGACACCAAGAGUGAUGAACAACCUCUCACAUCUCACCUGGGUAAAGUGCUGAGUGCUGUUACAUUCCGUGAUGUGUGGGCUGAUAUGGCACAGCUUCUUAUCAAUCAGUGUGGUUACCAAGCAGCCAGACAGUACCUGGAUGAGGCUCACAAAGCAGCUGUGGCUUUUGAUGACCAUCAGCUUGAGGCCCGGAUCCUGUUCCUGUUUGGAAGGCUAGCUCUUGCUGAGGCCCAGUAUGGCCAGGCCUUUAACUUCUGCCGUGAGGCACAGAAUAAAUACCAAGGAGAUGAGAUGUUUUGGUAUGACACAACUAUGCUGAUGGUGGAUGCUACACUGAAGGAUUAUGAAAACAGGAACUCUAAGAGGAUUGCUCGGGGUAUUCUGGUGCACGCCUUAAAUGAAUUUAUGAGAAUUGCUGAUGAGCGUCCUAAUAGAGUCAGUGUCACUCAGUUCAUCAUUGCUAAAAUGGAAGCACGAUUGGCAUUUGUUCAGAGCAAGCUUAUCUUUGAAGAAGACAUGGAUAUGAAUGAGCCUAAAGUGUUGAAGAGACUUCUGGAUAUCUGUGAGAAAUAUGAGAAUGCCUGCGACAAGCUGACAAAACUAGGCUACAAACGAGAAGUCCUACCCAUAAUGAAGGACCAUGCUGAUAUCCUCAUCAAGAUGGCAAAGAAAUCUAUCCAUUCAGAAAAAGAAGUCCUCCAUACUUAUUAUCUCCAGUCUAUGGGUGUGCUACGGGAUGCUGUGGCAAUAGCAGAGGAGGUUUACAGAGAUGUCCAGACCCUCGCUUCUCUACAGGAGUUGCGGAACUUGAGCCUGCCCAUCCAGAGGGAGUUAGCUGAUAUCAAAGUGCAUUGUGGGUCUGUGAUGUUGGCGAUAUUCCAGGAACAUGCGAAGGAGGCAAGAGAGACUCAGUUAGAGGAUAUCAGGAAGGGUGCAGUUGUCAAGAUGGUUGAAGAUUUUAUCAGAGAGACCCCCACCUACACACACAUGGAAAAGGAAUGGGUUGAUACCACGAGAACAGUUAUCGAAGAUGCCAUGCUGAAGUUUGUGGAUGCUCACAAUAUGGCUGCUGGAAUCCCUAAGCUGAGGACUAAGGCAUUGUGUGGAAUAGGGCAGAGUCUGAAGGCAUUCUCUGUGUUUUCCUGUCCAAACUCUGGCACACAGUGGUCAGUGUAUGAGGAGGAAAUUUCGAAGCUGGAGAGCUCGUCUGGAGAAGGAGAGGAAGAUGAAGGGGAGAAACCUGAGUUAGACGAGACAUCCAAACUGUUUGUACGCUACUCCGUACAAAUGAAAGAGACCAAGGCUGCAGAGGACGUGAGUAGACACUACCUGCUACAAGCCACUGAGUGUUUGGUCCAGGCUCUCAAUUUGGCACUUAACAAACACUACAAUGAUUUAGCUGCCACUAUAUCUCUGGAACUUGUGGAAUGUUGUGGACAGUAUGAUCCUCAAGCAUGUUCUAUGUUCCUGGCCUUAUAUCAGAGUUGCUGUACGUCUCUUAAACUUGAAACACUCCUGAACAAGGCCCAGGUCGACCCCAUGACCUCUCGUCUUGCCGCACUGCUCCAUCAGCGGUCAGACAUUUUGGAAAAUGACAUCAGCACAAACAUGUCCAGCGGCAGCCUGAUGACCUCUGUCCAGACAUCGCUUGAGCAGAACUGGCAGGCCUGGAAGAGACUUGAGGUGAUGCCCACCCAUCUGGAUCUGAUAAAGGAGUUCCCAGCCAACUUCAACUUUAUCAUCCUUCAGCAUUCUCCAGACAAAAACUUCCUGUAUGGUGCAAUUUUAGACAAGCCAAAGAAUGCUCCUGUGGCUGGAGGAGGCAAGAAUCCAAAGACAACUGCUCCACAAGCAUCCAGCAGGGCCAAGGUGUUUGGUAUCCAGGUGAACCCUGACAUGCUAGAAUCCCUGCUUACAAAGUUUGCAGACCAUCGCCAGGCCAUACAAGCAUUGCUUCUGAAGCAAGAAUAUGCCCGUGCCCAGGCUAUGAUGAGACAGAAGAUGUUGGAGAACCUCGAUGAGAGUCUCAAACAAAAGACACAGACCCUUCAUCUAGAUGAAGAUGCUGAGGAGGAGGCCAUGUUGUUAGAGGAGUUUGACCAGCUUAUCAAGGACAUGGAGUCCUACCUUCAGCCCAUCACAACAUUUCUACAGGGCAUGCUCAAUACCCAAGUGGUGACCCCAGCCAGUGGUAAAGAAGCUAAGAAUGCCCCAGUCGAGCCUCCUCCAAGUAUUGAGUGCGCUAUCCUCCUGGUCGACAACUAUCUCAUGCAACUCCCUCUUGAGGCCCUUGAGUUCCUACAGGUGGAGAAUGUUGCAUCCCUGUCACGUGAUUUUUCACUACAGCUUUUCUAUCACAGAUUCUUCAAGGAAGAGGUACCAACAGGGGAUCAUGUUAAAUUUGCUGCAGACUCAGCCAAGGAUGUAAACAAGAAGAAACCAAAGGGUCAGGUGGACAACCCAAUGUCAAGAAUCCCUGGCCUCAGGGAUGCCAGCAAAAAAAUGGCCAAGAUUGUUCCACUUACCAGAGAGAUAGCACCAUGGCAACAUGCUGUAGACACAAUGAACUUCAGAUAUAUUGUGGACACCCACUUGGAUUGUGCAGAAACGGAAGUGGAUAAACCAAUAGAUGUGAUAAACCGUUUGAUAGACGAAUACGAUCAGCAAUUCACGCCUCGCUGGCUCGGCAUCAUGGGAGAUGACCACACCCCUAGUGUUGGAGAGUGGGAGAUAUAUCUUACAGAAAACAGCUCUUUCAUCUUCUAUGGCAUGGAGAAGUUCCUAAACUAUAUACCACCUGCCAAACUUACUGCUCUCAACAUACCAGAUUGUAGCAUACUGUAUAUCCAGGACUUGGCACAGACUAGUAAGAGCUUCACCAGGCAGUCUAAACUGGACGUUCUUAAGAGUGCAAGCAUUCUGGCCCUAGAGAAACCUGUGGAGACAGCCAUGUUGGUCAGUCUGACUGGAAUCAAGUGUCUUAUGGCCAAUCAAUGGCACUGUGCUCUGGCAGAGAAUGCAAAUAGGUUAAAGACCAACAUGAAAGAUAUGUUGGAGGGUGGAAAAACUACAGGGGAGGCUUUGAGAUUGUUGUUCACUCCCUACCGACGUCGGAAACCUGAGGAGGACAAACCUACUGAGGAAGCCGAGGAGAAGGAGAGUCACCGAGAAGAUGAACGAGACUUUAGUGACCGUGAUUUCGGUGCUAAGGAGGAGUUGCCGGAACCUGAGAUGUCCUGGUACAACACUGUGUGUUAUGGGCUUCCAAACAUUGUAGUCACUCAACUCUCCGGCACAUAAUGUCAACAUCAAUGAAACUCUUGUCAGUGACUGCUUAGAUGAGAUCAUGGACUGAUAACUAUUUGGAAAAAAAGCCGUUUGAAGAAACAGCUUAAUAUCUUAUAAACAAUGAUGUAAUAAUGUAUAAAGUUUUGUAUUUGCUUUUCAAUGCAUGUUAAAGUACUGUGAUAUUUUACUAACAUCGUUGCA